AUGAUAUCCCCGAGGCCUGACGCGACUGGGACGGUGUGCGUGGUUCUGGGCAGUGACGGAGAGUACGUUCUCCGUUUCUGCGUAUUCUCAGCUGCGACUCUGAAAGCAACUAAAGGUAAAGGGAACGUGCAUCCUAUAUGGGUUCUCUUUGCGUGCCGCGUAGAUGAUAAGACGGAGCUGUGGCUGAGAGGUGGGCUGACGCGGGAGCGGUGGAUAUUGUGGGGGAAGAGGCUGAGGGCUUUGAGUAUACAGGGAAUAUUAGAGGAGGAAACUGUGGCGGUGGUUGUAGAAGCUGCUGAUAUGGUAAGCGGCAUUCUGGAAGACUCAACUUAG